AUGCAUAAAUUUUCAGUCUCUUUAAUUAAAUUUUGUAAAAAAGUAGAGGUCUAAGAUUCUCUUAUUUUCUUUUUAGAGUAGGCAAAUCAAAUGAAAAUUGAAUAAUAUUUAUAACAGUCAGAAAAUAUAUCACAGACAGAGAGUGAAUGUGGAAAAAAUUAGAUUAAGAUACCUAUUAAUUUCCUCAGCAAAUUGAAAGAUCAUGAAUUUAAUAAAGUAAAUUACUCGAGAAAAGAUUACAAAUAAAUAAAUGAAGAUCUGAUCACGAAAAUACCCUAAAAUAAUAAGAUCAUAGAAUUAUUAAAAUUUUUAGUUCGUCUUACUGCCUUAGAUGAGGGAUAAAUAUAGUGCGGAUCGAACUCUCUUCACUUAUUAGUUUAAAUGAAGGUUGAUCUGAAGGAACAAUCUUUUGAAAAUAUUAGAAUUAUAGAUACUUCACUGCUUGGAGCAAAUGAAGUGAGAUGUGACUUAAGUGGAUCUGAAUUUGAGAAUGUGAAUAUUAGUGGGAAUGAAUUUAAAUUAAACUAAAUUAUUUAAUUAAUAAAUGAGGUGAUAAAUUAAAAGGUCAUACUAGUUAUGUCCAUUCAGUUUUUUUUUCUCCAUCUGGGAAAUCACUAGCCUCUGGCAGUGAUGAUAAUUCCAUUCGUAUGUGGGAUGUUAAAACAGGAUAAAAUAAAGACAGUAUUAACAGUAGGAAAAUAGGUUAAAUCAGCCCGUUUAUCCCCUAAAUAAACAAUAUUGGCUUCUUGCAGUGGUAAAGUCGUGUAUUUAUGUAAUCUUUAAAUAGGGAAAUAAAUUUCAAAAUUAAUUAGUCAUAAAAAGAAAGCUAAUUCAAUCUGUUUCUCUCCUGAUGGCACUACAUUAGCAUCUAGUAGUUAAGAUAAAUCUAUUAGUUUAUGGGAUGUUAAGACAGGAUAAAAAAAGCCAAAUUAGGUGGUCAUUCAAACACAAUUUAUACAGUCUGUUACUCUCCUGAUUAGCAUCUGGUAGCAGACAUUAGUCUAUCCAUUUAUGGAAUUUAAUAUCUGGAUAUCAAAUCUUAUCUUCUGA